ACAAUGUACUUUGUUAUUUACUUUAGCAACAAGGGUUGCCUGCUUGUUUGUUCGUCAUGCCAAUGUAUUUGUUUCAACUCACUUUGGUUGACUGGCAACAACAAUCUUACCCUACCAUUCCUGAUUUCUUCCUUCUUCCUUUCUUCGCUCUCUUCUUCCCUUCCCUUCGAUUCCUUCUCGACAGGUUCAUUUUCCAGAAAGUGGCCAUACGAUUGAUUUUUGGAAAGGGACGUGAGGUGCUUGACUUUCAGACAGAUGAUAGGAGAAAGAAAAUUAGCAAGUUUAAGGAAUCAGCGUGGAAAUGCGUUUAUUUUCUGUCGGCGGAAAUUUUUGCUUUGUCUGUAACAUAUGAUGAACCUUGGUUUACUGAUACAAAAUAUUUUUGGACCGGGCCAGGGAAUCAGAUAUGGCCAGAUCAAAAGAUUAAAUUGAAAUUGAAGGGAUUGUAUAUGUAUGGUGCUGGAUUUUAUUCAUACUCCAUACUUGCUUUAAUAUUCUGGGAAACAAGACGCUCUGACUUUGGGAUUUCCAUGACACAUCAUGUUGCUUCUCUCGCUCUCAUUGUCCUAUCCUAUAUUUUUAGGUUUGUUCGAGUUGGAUCUGUUGUUUUAGCCCUUCAUGAUGCUACUGAUGUGUUUCUGGAGAUAGGGAAAAUGUCCAAAUACAGCGGCGUUGAAACAAUGGCUAGCUUUGCUUUUGUUCUUUUUGUUUUGUCUUUCACCAUACUACGAGUCAUUUACUUCCCAUUCUGGGUUCUUCGAAGUACAAGCUAUGAAGUUGUUAACACCUUGAAAUUGAAAGAGCAUUGGGUGGAUGGUUCAAUAUAUUAUUAUGUAUUCAAUACUCUUCUAAUCUGCUUGCUUAUUCUUAACAUCUAUUGGUGGGUGCUGAUGCUUCGGAUGCUUGCUGCUCAAAUUCGAGCAAGAGGAAAAGUCAGUGAAGAUAUUCGAUCUGAUUCUGAAGAUGAAAAUGAACAUGAAGAAUGAGCAUGAAAACAAGAUUGACAGAUUGUCACACUUUUUCUGAAAUGGUAACCGUUUUUUACACGCACCUUGGCAUGUCAUAUUUUGUUACAUUUUAUGUGAUGACAGUGUAAAAUUCACCAAAAUUAGUGUAUAUAAACUAGAAACUGUUCUGUAAAGAUUAUUUCAGCUAGCAUUAAUUAGAUCAUAAACUAGAAAAUUAGUGUAGUAUAUAAACUAGAAACUGUUCAUAGAAUCAUGUAAAAAUGUUCCAUCCAGAUCAAAACUUGAGCCUCUCUUUUUAUCAA